AACUUUUCAAAACCAAAGGCUCCUAAAAUCCUACAUUAACCAAACACUUUCCCGUUUCCACUAUAUUUAAACCAACCACCACAACCUUUGACCUUCAAUUCAUUAUUCAACCCUUUUCAACGUUACAACCCUAGAGUUCCGAAUAUGUGUCGUACCACAGACUAUUACCGCCGUGAAGACAGCUUUCUUAGGCUGAAAGCUAUCUCUCUCCGCCUCACUCUCUCUUCCGCCACCGCUGUAUCUAUUUUACCGGAAUGUCUCACCCUUGUUUUCCUCCCUCGAAUCAACGAAGGUCUUCUCGAAAUCAACGGCUCUAAAUUCCGCCCUGAUUCUCCCGCUUUCAUUACUCUCCACCGCGUUCUCAAUUCCGAAUUCGUUUUCGCCUCUAAGGACCGUGUACGCGCCUGCGACGGCGUCGUUUUCGAGGUACGUGUCGCUGAGAAUCGUCUUCUCCGAGGUGUUUUCCGGCAAUGCGAUGCCGGCGGUUUGAAGAUGGACUGCAAGUGUAUGUUCGAGAGAGAUUUUGGUGUGACAGAAGCGGAGAUUUUUGUUGCGGCAGAAAACGGCGGAGUUACGAGAGAGACGGUGGUAGCGAAGAGGAGGAGGUUUUGUCGGAAGUUUGAGGUGGCGUUGGAAGAUAUUCCAGAGGAGAGAGAGUGUGAUGUGGUUGAGAAGGAGGAGGGAUUAGAUGUUGCGGGCUGUUGUUGUUGUGAUGAGGUUGAGAGUCGAUCGGACGGUGGAGAUGAGGUGGAUUUUGAUCAGGUGAUGGAGAGAGAGAUGGAGGGAGUUAGAUGGGCCGUAGAUGUGGGGAUUUGGGUCGUAUGUUUGGGGGUUGGCCUUUUGGUUUCUAGAGCUUCUGCUAGGAAUCUUAGGCGUAGAAAACUCAUAGUUUGAGAAUUGAGAAAUUUUUUUGUACGGGGUAGAUGAUUCUUUAACCAAAAUUUUCAAAUUGUAAAGUUAUUUGGAUAUUGGCUAAUGCAAUACUAACUUUAGCAAGAAAAUCUGGAUAAUAUAAUGUAUUAAAAGUCGUAUAUUGACCCAAGAAUUUGCAAGUUUACCCACAAAUUGUCAUAAUUUUUAAAAAAAAAAAUUAAAAAAAUUUGAUGCAUGAUUUACUUAUGAAUGGUAAAGCAGCCAUGACUUGAGCCCAGAGCCCAUGAUUGAUCAACUUCAACUCUACCAUUCAUAAGUGACAUGUUUG